AUGAUGGCACGGCUGGAGCCGAUCCACAAGGACGAGGUGCGCGUGGACCUCGAGGCCGGCCGUCGCUCCCCGCCGCCGGCGCCGGCGACACCACCCACCGCGGCGGCGAACGAACCCUCACGCAACAAUAAGAAUAAGAAGACGACGCGGACGCGCUGCGGCUGCUGCUGCCGCCGGCUGGCCUGCUGCUUCCUCCUCGUCGCGGCGGUCGCCGCCGCGCUGUACCUGGCGCUGGACCCGAAGCUGCCCCGGUACACGGUGGACGCGCUCACCGUCACGGCCUUCGGCAUGGACGACGACCUGACGGCGUGCGCCCGGUUCGACGCGUCGGUGCGGUUCGAGAACCCGAACCGCGCCAUCGGGAUCCACUACGAGGACGGGUCCAGCCUCUCGGUGUGGUUCCGCGGGUACCGCCUCUCCGAGGGCGCGCUCCCGGCGUUCUACCAGGGCCCCCGCGGCGGCGCGGCGACGGUGCGCGUCGCCAUGGGCGAGGCGCGGCUGCGGGGCACGGGCGUCGUGGAGGCGAUGCGGCACGUCAACGGGGCCGGCGGCGUGGAGCUGCCGCUCGUGUUCCGCGGCGAGGUGCCCGUGCGGGUCAGGGUCGGCCCCGUCACGACGGCGAGGGUCACGCCCAGGGUGCGGUGCGACCUCGUGCUGGACAGGCUCGCCACCGAGGGCAGCGUCCGGGUCAGGAACAUGGACUGCAAGUUCAGCUUGAAGCUCUGGUGA